GCCCGUCCUCCUCCAGACGGGCCCUCCCUCCCCCACCCCCUCGGGCCACCCGCUCUUGAGUUGGAGAGUCCUGGCUCCCUUUCGGAUCACAGUCCGGGCAACAGAGGGACACGGGAAUGGACACAGAAGGGAGUCAGAGCAGCCUGUCGUCCUCCACGCAGGACUCCCCACACGACCCCUGCAAAAUGUUCAUCGGCGGGUUGAGCUGGCAGACGACACAAGAGGGGCUGAAGGAAUACUUUUGUAAAUUCGGCGAGGUGAAGGAGUGUAUGGUGAUGCGGGAUCCGGUUACGAAGCGGUCGAGGGGGUUUGGAUUUGUCACCUACGUAGACCAGACCGGUGUGGAUAAUGUUUUGGCCCAAAACAGACACGAGCUGGAUUCAAAAACAAUUGACCCUAAGGUGGCCUUCCCACGUAGAGCUCAGCCGAAGCUGGUAACAAGAACAAAGAAGAUCUUUGUUGGAGGAUUGUCUGUCAACACCACCAUCGAAGAUGUGAAACAGUAUUUCGAUCAGUUUGGAAAGGUUGAUGACGCGAUGCUAAUGUUUGACAAAACCACCAACAGGCACCGAGGUUUUGGCUUUGUGACAUUUGAGAAUGAAGACGUGGUGGAAAAGGUCUGCGAGAUCCACUUUCAUGAGAUCAACAACAAGAUGGUGGAGUGCAAAAAGGCACAGCCGAAGGAAGUGAUGUCACCGACAGGUACGGCGCGAGGCCGCUCCAGGGUGAUGCCCUACGGCAUGGACGCCUUCAUGCUGGGUAUCGGCAUGCUGGGUUACCCAGGGUUCCAGACGGCCACUUACGCCACUCGUGGAUACACAGGAAUCACACCAGGAUACACAUACCAGUUCCCAGAAUUCCAUUUAGAACGGACACCCCUUCUGACUUCCUCUCACCCCCCAGAGAUCACAGCCAUUCCACUGACGGCCUACGGUCCAAUGGCAGCGGCCGCAGCUGCAGCGAUGGUCAGAGGUUCCACCCCCUCACGUACCGCUGGCUUCCUGGGCACCAGCAGCCCUGGGCCAAUGGCAGAACUGUAUGCAGCAGCCAAUCAGGAUUCAGGAAUCAGCGGCUAUAUCAGUGCGGCAAGUCCCGUCCCCAGCACAGGGUUCGGACAUGGACUUGGGGGUCCUUUGAUUGCAACGGCCUUUACCAAUGGCUACCACUGAGGGGCGUCCAAUCAGAGUCCAGCGUGGGAGGAGAAACUCACGCACUUGUGAACCGCGAGCACCGCUGACGACGUGACGUGCUUAUGGGACGAACCCCACGGGCGGCUGCGGUCCCCCUGACUCCGCUCUGGAGUUUCCACCUUUUCUUU